CCUGGUGCAAAUGCACCCACUUGGGCUGAAGCAUUGUUUGAAAAGAAAAGCUCUCCAAUGAAGAGCGACGCUUCCAAGUUGCCCAAGAAGCAGUGUUACACUGUGAAGAAACGUUCCAAGAAAACUGGAACUAAGGUUGGUGCUGGUAUGGAAAUGCCGGCUACUGAAGUUGAUGUUGGUAUGAAUGAGUCAAUUGUGGCUGCAGAAGUUUCGGAGGUAACAAAUGUUGAUGUUGGUAUGGAAAAGCUGUUUGUGGCAGGUGAUGUUUCGAAGGAAAAAAAUGAUGAUGAAGGUAUGGUUGAGCCAAGUGAGGCUACUGAAGUUGAUGCUGGUGUAGCUCAGCCUAUUGUGGCUGCGGAAGUUUGGGAGGAAACAAAUGUUGAUGUUGGUAUGGAAAAGCUGUUUGUGGCUGAUGAAGUUGUGAAGGAAGAAAAUGUUGACGAUUGUAUGGAAAAGCCAAGUGAGGCUACUGAAGUUAUUAAUGGUAAGAUUAAGCCUCAUGAGGCUGCUGAAUUUUCAGAGGAGAGUGUUGAUGUUGGUAUUGAAAAGCUGUUUGUGGCAGAUGAAGUUGCAAAGGAAAAAAAUGUUGAUGAUGGUAUGGAAAAGCCAAGUGAGGCUACUGAAGAUGAUGGAGGUAUGAUUGAGCCAAUUGUGGCUGCUGAGGUUUCGGAGAAAACUAAUAUUGAUGCUGUUGUGAUGAAGUCUAUUGCUUUUGCUCGCAUGAUUAAUCCUAAUGAUUGUUUAAUCAUUAGAGCACCUAAAUUUUCCAAGAGCAGGGCCAGAAAGAACAAAAAGAAGUCCGGAAAGGCCAAAAAGGCCAAGUCCUCCUGUUUUAUUGAACACAGGGAGAAUGAAAAGGGUCACCUAACAAAUGAUGAAGAUGCAGACACUGCACACUUAGAGACCGUUGAGCUCGACACUCAUGCAGACACUACGCACUGCGACACCGUUGACACUCCUAGCGUUGAUGCUGAAGAUGCAGACAUUGUGCACUUAGAUUCUGUCGAAGAGGUCGACACACCUGAAGUUGAUGCUGAAGAAUUAAAAUUCUUCUUAAACGUAGAGACCAUCGAAGAUGUCGAAGAGGUCUACACACCUGAGGUUGAUGUUGAAGAACUAAAAUUCGUCUUAAGCUUAGAGACUAUUGAAGAAGUUGAAGAGGUCGACACGCCUGAAGUUGAUGCUGAAGAAGUCAAAUUGUUUUUGCACUUAGAGACGAUCGAAGAGGUCGACAUUUCCAGCGUUGCUGCUGAAGAUUAUUCAGACGCCACGCACUUGCAAGCUGAGGCUAAUGGGAAAGCAACCGAACCUUGCGUUAAUGUUGAAGCUACCCAAACCCUCAAGCAAUUACUAGGCAUUGGAACAGUCAAUAGCCCUUACAUUGAUGAAAUUGGAGUUGUUGAAGUUAUCACACCCUUUGAAGCUAUUGGUACGGCUACCAAUUUUGGUGUUGAUUUUGGUGUUGAUUUUGGUGUUGAUGUUGAAGCUACUCAAACUAUUAAGCAAUUACUAGGCAUCGAUUUUACUGAGCCUUGUAUUGCUGCUGCAGAUGCUAUUCAAAGCACCAAACACUUGGAGGCUAAUGAGGCUGGCACUCCCAACAUUGUGGUUCUUGAAACUGCAGAAACCCUUUUGCAAUUAGCAGCCAGUGCAGUUUACACAAAUAGCGCCGAGGAGCAAGAAAUUGCCCAUACCCCAGACAGUGGGAAGAAUAUUAAAGAAAGCAAUGUCUGCUCAUUACCUUCCUUAGAGUUGGAUGCUGAUGAAGUGACUGAUGAUUGCGGAGAUGGUAUAAAUGAAACGGUUCACUUAGAAGGCUGCGAAAACGCCAACAAUUUUGAAAAUGCUGCUCCCCAAGAUUUCAUCAAAUUAGAGGGCUUUGUGAAAGAAAACUCUUCUAGCAAUGACGAUUAUAUCAGAGAAGAAUUAGAAGUUGAGGGGGUGGUCGAAAUUUCUGACGAAUAUCUUCUUGAAUUUCACAAGAAUUCAACUUCCAGUGGAAAGGCAAAUCUCUCUAGUCUUGAUUUCCUUCGGGAUAUGAUGCUUACUAUUCUUGUUGUUCUUCUUGUAUGGAGCAUUAAGAAUAGUUUCAUGCUCAAGGCUUGCUUGUUGUAUUUCCUUGUCCUUCUGGAAUCUGAAAUGAUUUUUACUCCUGAAGUAUUCUGGAAACUUGGAUCUUUGUGUUAUCAUGAUUACGCCGCUAAUAUCGAUGCUAUGGAGGGUACUCCCGAGAGAGAGAUGUUGGUCGAAAGUUCGAAUGUCCCUGACGAGGUUGAUGUCCAACUUUCCCAUAAAUCUUUCAACUUGGUUGAGAACACCGAAGUAGAUUGUCCUGAAGUUUUAACAUCAUUUAAUCUGAAACAAUUCUCCACCAAAUCAGACUUAUAUUUUGAGAUUCGAGAUAUCGUUUCUGUGACCAAAAAUUAUCCUGAUGCUUUUCUUGAUGGUUUUGCCUUGACUAAUGUUCAGGAAAGUACACUCCAACUCCAGGGUUUUGGUGUCAGUGUGAGAAAUUCUCCAAGCGAACAGCCAGAGUAUUUCUCGAGCAGGUCAGCAUCGCCUACCAAAUUUUCCUUGAAAGGUUUUAAAUCUAGUGUAACUUCAGCAAGUUUCGAGGGAUACUGCAACCGGAUCUAUGAGGAAUAUUUCCUAUUAGAGGUCCAGAAAUCCAUCAAUGCACUUGAACUUGAUUCAACUCACCAAAAUAUACCAAAUCCAGAGCCUAAGUUAUUCUGGACCAAAUACUCCGAGGCAUACUCCGAGGCAAGAGUUGGGGGACUCGAGCCUAAGUGUGCAAAAAAUGGUAGUAUUCAAUUAGGUAUGAUGGUGGUAUUGGUUCUUCAGUUACUAGUGCUUAUGGUGGAUUGUGUGAUUUCAAAGACUUCGUUUCCUCGGUUUCAAAAUCUUGGCUUGUGGACAGCAUUCAGCAUUAUCUCAUGGCUUUUAUCCAGACAAUGAGUCGACUUUUGGAUUAAUUUAGAAGUUAACAAAAAGACAUGUAAAGACUCUUGACGUUGGUUGCUUACAUUGGUUGGAGAUCUGGUUGGUUAUAUUUGUUGCUAAUACAGUCGGGUCGAAGUGAAAAUGACAGUGCAACGACACACUUCGAAGGGCACAUUCAGCUUGCGGGGGGCGAUGCUUUGGUUUAAACCUUCGACGCUUGCUAACAAAUUUCUUAAUUGUCAUUCACUGACGAUUCACUUUACAUUUUUAUAUAGAAUAAAUCUUAAUUUCGAGACA